AUGGUUGAGUUUUACACAGAGAAAAAGAUCAGCGUUCCUGAGGGUUGCAACGUAACCAUCAAGGACAAGGUGCUCUCCAUAGAAUGCAAUGGAAAAAGAGUAACACGUAAUUUUUCGCACCUUGUUCUGAUCAUGGAUGUCCAUGAGGGUCACAUAAGGUUGAGACUCUGGAACGCAAGGCGCCAGGAGAGAAGCAAGCUGAUCACAUGUGCUUCGCAUAUUAAAAAUAUGAUAUUGGGUGUCACCAAAGGCUAUGAGUACGUGCUUAAGGCGGCGUAUGUGCACUUUCCUAUAUCAUUUGAUAUCGUAGACAACGGCAAAAAAUUGGUGGUCAAAAACUAUUUAGGCGAGAAGAGCAGCAGACACUUCAACAUGCGGGGAGACUCUGUUGCGUGCCUGGGAACAGACAAGGACACUGUUGUGAUUUCUGGCACAUGCAUCGAGGAUGUUUCGCAAUCUGCUGGUAGUGUUCAGGAUAAUUGCCGGCCGAAGAAUUUUGACAGUCGAAAGUUCAUGGAUGGCAUUUACAUAUCCAGGAGGAGUGUUGUUGGUGAGUAAUUAAAUUAUUCACGGAUUUUCA